AUGGACAAUUUUACCGCUGAUUUACGAGUUCUCACGAAAGCCUCUCUUACUUCAUCCUCCCUGUCGCAGCAAUUGCCAGUGGACGAAUCUGCAUCAUCUGCUGCAAAAAUUGAUCUCAGAAUAGAAAUUCUUGCGCUAACAGCUUUUGAUCAGUCAUCUUUGCAUGAUCAAAAGUCUGAAAUUAAUAGCGCCAUCAAAAACUUCUUUGGUUCAUGCCGGAGAUUCCCAAACUUUCGAGAAGACUUUACUCCUCUUGUCUUCUUUGGUGGAUUGGGGCAGCUUACUUUCGACUCUCUGGAAGCAAAAACAUCAGUCAAGGCUUUCAGGUAUCUCCCACAUGUCCAGGAACGUCUUUCAUUGAUCUUCGAUAUUCUUGGCCUUGACGAGGCUUCCAUUGAUCAGCUGGGCAAUCUUUUGCACGAUCUGCGACAUCUUAUCUCCUUACUGGUCACUACUUCACGCGUGGAUAGGGAAGCACUCCUGGCCCUCAUUCACCGUGCUUGGCUUGAGGUGGCUGGUCUCAAAAGUGUGCCAAGUACUGAUGAAUCGAAAUACAAUUUCAGGAAAUCGGGCUUGAGUGGCUUCGUAGAUGAUGAAGUUGUCGCAUUGAUUGAUCUUUUCUCUGUCGGUAUGACAGAAUUUGUAGAAGCCAACGGGACAAGUUCUGUACCCACCCAGAACGGUGUCCAACUGGAUUCUCUUUCCGUUGUUAUGCGGAGACAAAUGGAAGCAUCGAUUAAAGAGUGCCAGUCUGCCAAAACUGCGUCGAUUGAACCGGAGAGUGCAUUUGAUUUUUCCAAGCUCGAAUCCUACCUUCAGCCUGUUUGCACAAGCCUCAACUUAGAAGUUGAUCGGGUUAUAGAAAUGGUAUUUACUGUCCUCAAGUCCGACCGUCAAGACGAGACCAUCCAAGGCGAAGUUCAUUUUAUCGACAUGCCAAAUGGCUCCAGAUUCAGCGGUUUUGGAAAUUCAGAUGACUCGAAAUGUGACCUUGUUAGUCAACUAAUCAACGAUCCAGGCGCUUUGGUUGAGCAACGCCAACGGGAUUUAGAUAGUGCGGCUUGCAUUGCUCGAUCUGCUGCCUACCAGGCUUACGUGUCGGUCAAUUCUACCAAUCGACGACAAGGGGCAGAAAGAUAUCCCUUUGUCUUCGACGCCAUGGCUGAACUCAUGGCUGAACGUCCAUUCACUGAACGGUCAAAGGCUCGUAAAAUGGUGUUGCCUUCCGACGCAAAGCAGAAACACACCGACCAAUGGGACUCCUACGACUUUCCUGUUCCUCUGACCGAUCGUUCGGAGCUGGAGGCCUUGAAGAAAACGCUGCCUCGAGAGGGCAGGUUGGUUGAGAUCUCCACUUUGGACCGUGUGGGCCAACUCGCCUUUAAGGGCAUCCAGCGCCUCAACCUCGUGCAGUCGAUUGUCUUUGAGGCAGCGUACAACUCGGCUGAAAACCUGCUCAUCUCAGCCCCCACAGGCGCUGGAAAGACCAACACUGCUCUCCUCGCCAUCCUCCAUCUCAUUCGACAAAACAUUAACCCCGAAACUGGUGUAUUAGAUACGAACAAAUUCAAGAUCGUCUACAUGGCGCCGAUGAAAGCUCUCGCGGCGGAGAUGACGGCAACCUUUGGCCAGCGUCUGGCGCCCCUUGGAUUGCGCGUCAAGGAGUGCACCGGGGACAUGCAGCUCUCCACGCAGGAAAUUCUCGAAACCCAAAUGCUUGUGACGACCCCGGAGAAGUGGGACGUGAUAUCGAGAAAGGGUCUUGGAGACGCCUCGCUAGUGCAAGCCCUGAAGCUGCUCAUCAUUGACGAAAUCCACCUCCUUCAUGAAGACCGCGGUGCUGUUAUUGAGGCUCUUGUCGCUCGAACUCUGCGUCAGGUUGAAGUGUCGCAAUCGGUGAUUCGCAUAGUCGGUCUCUCCGCCACCCUUCCCAACUACGUCGACGUGGCGGCUUUCUUGCGGGUGAAUCCCCAACGCGGUCUCUUCUACUUCGAUGCGCGAUUUCGUCCGGUGCCUCUAGGAAUGAGUUUUGUGGGAGUCAAGUCACCGGCGGGCAUGCCCAACUCGCGCCAUGCCCAACAGAUGUCCAUGAAUGAGGCCUGCUACCAACGAGUCAUUGAGCAGCUACGCAGGAAUGAGCAGGUGAUGGUGUUUGUCCACGCGCGUGGGGAGACACUGCGAACUGCCCGAUGGCUUCUCGACACAGCAAGUCAGCGCGGUGACCUGGUCCACUUUGAAGCGCCUCAGCUGAGCAACUCCGCGGAGUUGAAGAGGAGGAUAGCGCGCGCGUCGGACGGGGCUCUGCGUGAAAUCGCGCCUCGCGGAGUGGCCUGCCACCACGCCGGCAUGCUGCGACCCGACCGCAGCCUCGUUGAGCGUCUCUUCGCCGAGGGCGCUGUGCGCGUGCUCGUGUGCACCGCGACGCUGGCCUGGGGUGUCAAUUUGCCGGCCCACGCUGUCAUCAUCAAGGGCACGUGCAUCUACGAUCCCGAUCGCUCCGACUACGUCGACCUGGACAUACUGGAUGUGCUGCAAAUUUUCGGUCGAGCAGGUCGACCGCAAUUCGACAAGUUCGGUCUGGCCACGAUAAUCACCACACACGACAAGUUGGACCACUACGUGCGCCUCAUCACCAACCAGGUUCCAAUCGAGAGCAAGUUCCUCCGCAACCUCAACGACCACCUCAACGCCGAGAUCGCACUUGGAACGGUUUCGAAUUUGAACGACGCCGUCACUUGGCUCACUUACACCUACCUCUUUGUCCGACUUACUCGAUCUCCAAUGCAUUACGGAAUCACGCCGCCCAUGUUAGAGAAUGAUCCCGAUUUGACUCACUUCCUGACAAGCGCGGUUCGCGACGCUGCCAAGGACCUCGAUGACGCGAAAAUGGUGCGUUUUGAGCAGUCAACUGGUCUGCUGGCGUCCACGGAUCGGGGCAGGACUGCGUCGCUCUACUACAUCAACUACGCCACCGCCUCUCUGGUCCGCGAGGAACUUCGACCGGUCAUGCUUGUGCAAGACCUCAUCAGCCUGGUAGCUAGAGCGAACGAAUUCGCUCAAAUGAAGGUGCGUGAUGACGAGGAAGCGGAGCUCGUGUCCUUGCGCGAUGAGUCCUGCCGUGUAGCGGUGAAGAACCCGGGUACAGUGGAGGGCACGCUGACGGUGAAGGUGAACGUCCUCCUGCAGGCGCACAUCUCACGAAGCCGACCCGUCACUCACUCCCUCGUCUCUGACAUGUACUACGUCCAGCAGAACGCCGGCAGACUCGCCCGAUACAUCUUUGAGAUCGCUCUGCGUCGCAACUGGGCGACCUGCGCCAGCGCUGCCCAUCGGCUCUCCAAGAUGAUCGAGCAUCGACUCUGGUUCUCCGACACUCCGUUGUGGCAGUUCAUUGAUUCUGCGACCGACAACUGUCACCUGCUGGAGCGUGUUGAUGAAUUGAAGCUUACGUGUGAACGUAUUCGGGACCUAACCCUCGACGAACUAAAUGGGAUCCUGCGUUACCAGGGCCUGCGCGGCGCGGAGUUCGUGAGUCGCCUGGCAAGUUACCUGCCCGUUAUCUCGCUGGACGUGGAGACUCAGCCGGUCACUCGCAACAUCCUGCGCAUCACCGUUCGCCUGACGCCCAACUUCACGUGGGUCGAUCGUCACCACGGCGCCGCCAGUCCCCUGCUCUUCUGGGUGUGGGUGGAGGACCCCGACGAAUCGUGCAUCUACCACUCGGAGGUGUUCGCGCUUUCAAAGAAGAUGGUAAGUCGAAGGUCCCGCGCAUCGCCGACUUGCAUCUUUCCCAUGGACUCGUCUAAGUCCGGCUGUGUGUUUUUCGAGGUGGUGAAUGCGAAGAAGGAGAAUGCUGCCGAGCUCAUCUUCACGAUUCCCCUGCACGAACCGAUUCCCUCUCAGUACCUCGUGCGCUGCAUGUCUGAUCGAUUUCUUGGCUCCGAGUUUGUCGCCCCGAUUCCGCUCCGCAGCCUUCGUCUUCCCCACGCUGAUCCACCGCACACUGGUAGGCACUUUUUGUCGAGCGUUUUACUCUCUGUUACGGUUUUCACCCAGAAUGCACUGGUUGAUUGCAAAUUGAUUAAACCGCUGGCGCUCGCUGCAGAUUUGUUGACUCUGGAUCCGUUGCCGGUGGGCGUCUUGAAGAACAGUCGGUACGAGGCGAUUUAUCCUUUCACCCACUUCAACCCCAUCCAGACCCAAGUCUUUCACACCCUCUACCACCAGGACGUCAACGUCCUCCUCGGGGCCCCGACGGGCUCCGGCAAGACGGCCGCCGCGGAAUUCGCCAUUUUUCGGGUCUUCAACACUGCGCCCAACAAAAAGUGCGUAUACAUAGCCCCACUGAAGGCCCUGGUACGAGAACGCGUUGAUGACUGGAACGUGAGAAUUUGGCAGAAACUCGGCAAACGAGUGGUUGAGCUGACAGGCGAUGUGAGUCCGGACGCGGGGCUGCUCAGAAGCGCAGACCUGAUUGUGACCACACCGGAGAAGUGGGACGGUGUGUCGCGCAGUUGGCGCCAACGCGCCUACGUCCAGCAAAUCGCGCUCAUCGUCAUCGACGAAAUCCACAUGGUCGGAGAGGAACGCGGUCCCAUUCUCGAGGUUAUAGUUUCACGCGCGAACUUCAUCGCCAACCAAUUGAACACUCACAUUCGCAUCGUGGGUCUGUCGACGGCGCUGGCCAACGCGGUUGACAUGGCAGCAUGGCUUCGAGUGCCGCUUUCGCCACUUGAUGUGGCCGCCAUCGGAAGGGGUGGUGGUCGCGGCCUCUUCAAUUUCCGUCCGUCUGUUCGGCCUGUGCCCCUCGAGGUGCACAUUCAGGGCUUCCCCGGCAGGCACUACUGUCCGCGAAUGGCCCUCAUGAAUAAACCCAUUUUCCAAGGCAAGUGCCUUGUUUCCAUUCAGAGUCAUUCUGCUAGUAAGCCGGUGCUGGUUUUCGUAGCGAGCAGACGACAGACGCGGAGAACAGCUUUCGAUUUGAUUAGUUUUGCCUCGUCUGAUUUCGAUCCCCACAAGUGGCUCCACAUGGACGUCAAGGAGAUGGAAGCGUUGGCAGCUACCAUGUCGGACGCGAAUCUGCAGGUGACACUGCCCUACGGC